UAAAAUAUUCAGGCAUGUCACAGAAUGUAAAAUCGUUCAAGAGUGAAAACGAAAACGGUUUUAGCUUCUCUAAAAAACGGAAAACGCAAAAAUUUUGCGUUUUGAUAUCACUUUCAAAAAGCAGGGUGAAAUUGAAAUGUUUAGUGAUUUUAACGUAAAAAAUAAACAGAAGACACAUACAUUUAACAGAAAAUAUUGUAUUAACCAAAUUCUCUUAGAAUGAGCAUGUUUUUGGAAUUUAUUUUACAAAAAAUCUAUUAUUUUUCUAAUCCAUGAUGAAAACGCAAAAAAAUAUGCAGAAAUGAACGGCAGACUUGUAUUGUUGAAUUAUUGUCAUAUGUGUUAAAGAAGAAGGUGUAGAAAUGUACAACUGACAGACCAAAAAGCAAGAAGGGGAAAAACAAAAAAAAAAACAAUUAAUUGUUUGGUUUGAGACAGAGCGCUUCAGUCAAUCGGGCAAAAAUGGGCAAACACCGAAACGUUAAACAGGACAACAUUUUUAUCAAUUUUAUGGAUAAACAUCACGAUAUUGCCAGGGGCUAUGUAAAAGGUGAUAAGGUUGUUGUUGAUUCCCUAUGGACAGAAUUGACAGCUUUGCUGAAUAGUUCAGGUCCACCAAGUAAAACCUGUAAAGAAUGGAAGAAAGUUUGGUCAGAUUGGAAAGGAAAUGUUAAGGCGAAGAUGUGCCAUAAUAAAAAGGACUUGCGAGGAACUGGUGGUGGUGAUAUCAAUCAAUAUGUUUUCAAUGAACACGAGAACAGUUUAAUCAGAAUUUGCGGAUUGUAUAAAAGUGUCGAUGGAGUUGGUGGUGCAGUAAGCUUUGCGGAUUUUGUAAGUGAAUUAGACCUCAGUUGUUCUGAAAAAGAAAACUUUGAUUCGUCAUCAUCUACACAUAUUCCAAGAACUCGAAAAUCAAGUCAAUUAGUUUUAAGUGAAUCUGAAAACGAAGAGCUUAAUUUUUCACCCUCAACUUCAAAGCAGACCACUUCGAUUUUAAAUAAAAAAGAUAGACCAAGAUCAUGCAUUCCAGCUGCUUUUAAAAAUGUUUCUACAUUGGCAAUUGAUCCAAGAACACCAACAUUGGAAGAAAACCGUUCGCGAACACCUAUUCAAAAACGACUUAGAAAUAAAAGCUUAUCGUGUUCUCCGCCAUCUACACCAAUAAGACAAGUGUCGGGCAGCCUAACAAAAGCAAAACCCACGCCUGCAGUAAAAAGACCCCGGGCAAGAACUCCCUCAAAGCAAGAUCUAAAUGCGCUUUUAGUUGAGGAAAAUUCUCAUUUACAAAACUUGGAAAAAAUUUGUAAAAUUCUAUUAUUUCUAAUACGUUUGGCUACGUUGUACAUAUUUAUUUCAGGGUAGAUGUCCACAAUAUUUUGGUCGUUUUCAGAAUUUUCCUCAUUUGUAACAGGUAUCUCGUCUUCUUCGCAAGUAUUGAAGCCCCUGGCAUUUUUUACUUUUGGUGUUU